AUGCAAGGAAGAAUCUGGUCAAUACGGACUGCUGGAUCCAAGCUUGCCUUUUUAGAGCUUGCUCAAGAAAGAUUUAAACUGCAAUGCGUCGUCAAUUUCCAAAACAUGGCAGACGACUCGAUAAAGGGAUCAACAUUCAAAUCGCUCCUGGGGGACCUUAACAGAGGAGACAUCAUAAGCGUCACAGGACAACCUCACCGAACAAAGUCCGCUGAGCUCUCAAUCCUCGCCACCGAAAUGCCGGCGCUACUUGCGCGAUGUCAGCGAUCUCUUCCUGAGAAGAUAACUGAUCAAGAGACAAAGAUUCGCAGCCGAAGCGUAAAUCUCUUGCUGAAUCGACGAGCCUCCGAUAUUCUGUGCUUGCGAUCUGAACUUUUGAGAUUUUUGAGGCAAUAUUUUCUCGCUGAAGGAUUUGUCGACGUGCAAACUCCCAUUCUUGCAAACAGUGCUAGUGGUGCGAUUGCAAGACCCUUCAAAACUUAUGCUGCAGGAUUCAGAGAUAGCAAAGUAGAAUUGCGUAUAGCACCGGAGUUGUGGCUAAAAAAAAUGAUCGUUGGAGGAUUCGACAAGGUCUUUGAGAUUGGACCCUGUUUUCGGAACGAAGGUAUCGACUUGAAUCAUAACCCGGAAUUCUGGACGUGCGAGUUCUACAAAACAUAUGCCGAUUUAGAUGAGUUGAUAUGGAUGACAGAACAUAUGCUCUACCUAUUCUCAGGGAUAGCUCGGGACCUCGAAGCCACAGAGUUGAGUGCUCUUGAGUGGGGCUUGAGACAAUUCCAGACACCAUUUCGUCAGCUGGACUUUAUACCUGUUGUUGAAGCUACUCUAGGCAGCAAGAUGCCUGAUUUGUCAUUACCAGGCGCUACUGCUCAGGUUACUCAGCUCCUUGUUGAACAUGGAAUACCGAUUCCUACAAGGCCAAACUUACCGCGUCUACUCGAUCAGCUCUCUUCUCGUGUCUUAGAACCUCAAUGCGAAGCUCCCACGUGGAUUAUCAAUUAUCCAGAGUGCAUGUCUCCACUCUCUAAAUCCUUCACCCAUCCUCAAAAUGGCCAAGUCGUGGCUGCCAGAGGAGAGCUCUUCAUUAAAACGCAAGAGCUUGUCAACACCUACGAAGAAGAGAACUCGCCCAUUGAACAACGUCGCAAAUUUGAGAGCCAAUUGGCUUUCAAUGACCCAGAGGAUCCACGCCGCGACGUCGAUGAGGACUACAUCCGAACCCUUGCGUGGGGAAUGCCACCCACAGGCGGAUGGGGCUGCGGUAUAGACCGCUUGGUCAUGCUUUUUGCGGGCACAAAUCGGAUUGCUGACACGCUUUCUUUUGGCACGCUGAAGAACGUUAUCGCGAAGCCACAGAGCGACACGAAAGUCCUUCCUCAUCAACAAGACUUGAUUCUUCCUGAUAAGGGUGCACAGUCAAAGGGCCAUGAUAAACCUGUUUCUCAAUCCCUCCUGAGCAGGGUGCAAAGUUAG